GAACUCAAAGAGAGAGAAAGAAAGUCAAGUGUGUUUCCGCUUUUGACGCCGUCGGUGGGUCCCUCUAGCGAUGGAGAGUUGGUUCGGAGCGGGACUUCGGAUACGGAUGGCGGUCGGGGUGGAAGAGAUAGUCCAAAGCGGUGUCGGCGGCGGAGGAAAUGCUUCUACGACGAUUCGGGAAACGACCUUCGGCUGAGGGCGCCGGGCGUGAGGUGGGAGGGCGUGAAGAGGCUACGAAAAGACGUGCUGGAGAACGUCAGGAGCAACGUACAGGAGGCGUUUGAUAAGAUUUACGACCAAAUAACCAACGACAGGAGGGCCAGCAUCAACCGUCAUGUUUUGCCCACAAUCAAGACACCGUGUACAAAGAGGACGCGAUCACGAGCUAAAACCCAACGCCAAUCAUCAAAUUCUUUCCCUCCUCCUUCCACCCCUCCCCCUCCUCAUCCCCUCUCUACCCUCAACAGCUCGCUUGCGACUACGUUCACUCCUCGAUCGGUAGCUCGGAUGGAACCCGAAAUCCCCGCGCAAAACGACGAUGAUGAUUCUAAAACAUUUGCCACUAAGCCCCAGAGCUCGUUGCGGGAGGAAACGGAUUCGGAGAACAAAGAAAAUGUGGUAGAUCUCACAGUUAGCCCCGUCCCUUUUCCUAAGAAGGCUCGAAGCAGACCCAAGAGAAAUGCUGCUCGGGUAGAUGUAUUGGUCGAGGGAGAUGCGACUGCAGGAAGAAGGGCGACUCAAUCGAGCUUACGGGGAGGAGGGAGAGGAGGAACGGUGCAAAGUUCACCUCCAGCCGUUAGGAGAACCACGCGAAAUAGAGCCGGGAAUGGCGGACGGAAGGCAAAAUCCCGAGUGUCGCACACUCUUGAAGUGACCGACGUGGAAUCAAACGACACGGAUAUUGUCAACACCGCGAAUAAUGACACUGAAAAAGCCCCGGAGAGUGGCCAAACUGGAAGUGGAGCAGAAGUACAGAGAGAGACGGUGGAGGACAGUGUUUCUUCCUCAACUGGCACUGCUGCUGCUGCGAAGACUCCACCGCCGGUGAGACGAUCCAAUCGCAACGCCGCGAGAACCGUCAGAUACUACGACGUAUCUCCGUCACACGUGGCAUCUCCGCUCCUUCGAACUCAGAGGAGAAACGUUUGCAAUAUAGCCUCCCCACCACCCACAGACCACCACCACACCUUACCUAGUAGCAUCUUUCCCACACAUCAAAUACACUCCACUACCACCGAUUUUCCCCAGCCAAGCAGCUCAGCGGAAGUCCACCAAUCACACGUCAGCCCUCCCUGUGAACUUAGUGCCACCAACAAGACUAAGACCGAUACACCUCACCCUGUUAGUGUCACUCAUUCGCCAUCUAACUCACUGUCCACGCGCUCGAAAAACUCCAGUGAAACAGAAUCUCCAGAUAGCGUCGAUAGACUGACAGACAGUUUGAGUCUCUCGGGCAAUGUUAUGGAAUCGCAGCCGGCACCUGGACUCACAUCGUCCGCAGACAAAACCAUCUGUAGCUCUCCGCCGGGCAAAUGGUUCACUACCAUGCCUACUGUGGUGAAACAACCCCGCUUGAUAGCUCCUGGUACUUCUGCUGGUGCUUCACCUGUCAACCACCUCGCAAUCCAUGCGGAAGCUGCCCCUAGUGAAAUUGGCAAUUUUCCACGCGAAGGCAUACGUACAUCACCAGCAGUUAGGGACGUAACCGGCCGCGUACUCUGUGACACGGUGACGAAAAAACAGGGCGGUGUUUCUGAAUCGAGGGACAGUGGCAUAAGCUCGGGGUGGUCCAACGGGGGAGGGGCUGAAUACAGGGAGUGCAGGAGUGACAGACUAUCACUGGGUGUAGCCGGAGGGAAGAGACUUCGCUCCGUGUCCAUGGAGAAGAUUUCUCUGUCGGAGGUCGAGGCAAAGAGGGUGUCCCUGAUGUGCUCUGCUGCCGGGAGGGCUGGCAGUAGCCCUCCAGGAGAGCACGUCGAAGAAGGAGAAUUGACUGUUAAUGAAGAGGUGGCAAUGGCGAUUGAAGAUGAUGUCAUUUCUACUGAAUCUGAUUCUUCACCCAACACCAUGAGUUACGAUGUUGCAGUGUCAAGUGGGUCUGACGAGGCUAUGGACGAAGGGUCUACCCCCCGAGAGUACUACCAACAGUCCUACAGACGAGGCCAACAGUGGCGGAAGACAAAUGAGCCACCAGAUGCUGCAGCGAGGGAGAUAUGACAACUCCUCAUGUGAGGAAGAUGGGUCCACCCAGGAAGAGGUCUCCUCCCCCAGUUCAGGAGAGGGAGACUGGAGAUCCCCAGAUGAAGUGGAGAGAGGGGAGGAGGAGGAUGAGGACAUGGAAGGGUGUCCUGGGGGGAAGAACAACAUGGGUGACAGUAGUCCGGGUGAAAGGUCUGUCACCAGACCUGCUGUUCUUCCAACACUGACUUCUGCAGCUCUUGUUGAGUCCGGUUUGAGGAGGUCACCAGUAGUGAGUCUCAAGAGGACCAAGGCCUCUCCCUGGGCCUUCCUCUCCCACAAGACACACUUCCACGAUGUUCCACUGAAGAAUGCCCUACAGAACAUGGAGAGCAGACCUACCACCUUCCUCUCCCCUAAAUGCCUCCCCCAAGAGACCUGAGGAUGCUGGUAAGACCAACGGCUCCGCUCUGCCUCACUCGUUUCUGGCAAAGAGCUCCCCGCAGCAGAUGUUGAAGGCUGAAACCAAAGCUGCCCGGCAGAGGAAGUUGAUGGAGCACCUGCAGCGCAAGAGGGACGAGGAGGAGAUGAGAAAGAGGGAACUGGAGGAGAAGAGGCUCCACGAGGUUGAGAUGAGGAAGAGACGCAAUGCCGAGCGUGCCCAGAAGGCCGCCGAGAAGAGGAGACAGGAGGAGAAGAAGAAGUUGAACCAGAGAAAGAAAGCUCAGGAGCAGGUUCACGAGCAGCAGUCCAAGCAGCAGCUGAGAUUGAAUCAACUGAGAGCCGAUGAGAGGAAAGAGAAGAGCAAGAAACACAACGAGAGAGUGGCGGCAGUAUUGGCCAGGAAGAGACAGGAACAGGAGAUGAAGGCAAAGAAACUGCAGCAGAUUGAAGAGGACCACAGAAUGGGCGAAGAGCUAUUCAAGCAACGACAAGAGAAAGAGGAAGAAGAGCGCCAAAUGAAGAAAGCAGAAAAGCAGGAGAGGGAGAGAGAGAGGCUGCAAAUCAAGGAGACGGAGGAGAGACAAGUCAACAGCAAGGAAGCUGAGGACAAGUCUCAACCUGAGGAUUCUUCUAGAGCCAACAAGCCAAAGCCAACUGGUCCAGCGAAUCUCAAGAAACAGGAUUUCAAAGAGCUUCUGGCCUCUGCCUGUACUAUCAACAUUCCUACGAAUGCUGCUCGUCUCCUCUCUGACUUGAAACUGAGCAAUAAGGCUCCUGCUGCCACGGCGACCGUCACCAAGCCCCACCCCGCUCUGCCCUCUGUCCCCAUCGUUACCCUCUCAGAUUGCCCACCCCCUCAACCACUCAACAACAGUGAAGACUCACUUCUGACAUGUCAACCUUCAGACAUGAACUCCACGUUCACUAUAGAGACUUCGACUGUUGACCACGAAGCUACUACUACUACCACCACUACUACGUCCGUAGUAUGUGUAGCCAGUAGCGAUGUGCUAGUUACUCCCGACAAGCAUUCGAAGAGUGCUGCAAACGACAAUCGAGACUCGUACAAGAUGACUCCCGCAGAAACCCGUCUCAACAACUACGGCAUCGACGAUCUCAGCUCCGGGGACUCGACGGACGAAGAAGAGCGCCCGAAGAAACCGAUCCCGCCCUGGGCAAAGUCCGAUCAGCUGAGACUAUUCAUGGCCUCACAGGAAGAUGGAAUCAAUUCCGGUCUUGUGAAUCCCUCCCUCAUUUUCCCUCCGGCUGACCUAAUGCCAGAAGUGGACUUGGCUCGAAUUUUCCGUCAGAAAAAGAAGCGUUUUUUCCAGCGCUCCAGCUCAGCCAACUGGGAUACACCGCCUACCGUUCCUUCAAAGAGAGGGAAAUUUGAUGGAUUUUCUGCCCGCCUUCUUGUAUAAACUUGCACGUUUUGUUAUUUCCCCCUAUUGUUCAGGAGGUCAUUAUGAUAUGUAAGGUGUCUGUUGUUGUGGGUGUUUAUACAUACUGUGUAUAUUUAUGCAUUUCAUUUUCAAUUCGCAUAAGGGUAUAUAUAAUAGUGCCACACACCGCACUGCACAGGAACUAUG